ACGUGACGCCGGGAGGAGAUUGGAGCUGCGGCGGCGCGCGGCAGCAGAGUGGUGCAGCGCCGGGCGCUCGCGGCGGGACCUCCUCCUCCUCCUCCUCCUUCCCCCGGGAGCUUUGACGACACCUGGUGCUCCUCGCUCGGCGCCUCCGGCCCUCGCCGCUGCCGGGAGGAGGAGGAGAAGACGCAGCGGGGUCGCCGCCGUUAGUAGGGUCCCCGGCCGCCGCUCGCCACUCGGCCACCACCUCCGAGGUCACCCCUCCCGCGGGGUCUCCACUUCUCUUCGGCCACCGCCUGCGCCCGCUGAUCGCCGCGAUGGGGCUCCUGGACUCGGAGCCGGGUAGUGUCCUGAACGUGGUGUCCACAGCGCUCAACGACACCGUGGAGUUCUACCGCUGGACCUGGUCCAUCGCAGAUAAGCGGGUGGAAGACUGGCCGUUGAUGCAGUCCCCGUGGCCCACGCUAAGCAUUAGCACCCUCUAUCUCCUGUUUGUGUGGCUGGGUCCCAAGUGGAUGAAGGACCGGGAACCGUUUCAGAUGCGCUUAGUGCUCAUUGUCUAUAAUUUUGGGAUGGUUUUGCUUAACCUUUUCAUCUUCAGAGAGUUAUUCAUGGGAUCGUAUAAUGCAGGAUAUAGUUAUAUUUGCCAAACUGUGGAUUAUUCUAAUAACGUUCAUGAAGUCAGGAUAGCUGCUGCUUUGUGGUGGUACUUUGUAUCUAAAGGGGUUGAGUAUUUGGACACAGUGUUUUUUAUUCUGAGGAAGAAAAACAACCAAGUUUCUUUCCUUCAUGUCUAUCAUCACUGCACAAUGUUUACAUUGUGGUGGAUUGGAAUUAAGUGGGUUGCAGGGGGACAAGCAUUUUUUGGAGCCCAGAUGAAUUCCUUUAUCCACGUGAUUAUGUACUCAUACUAUGGGCUAACUGCCUUUGGCCCGUGGAUUCAGAAGUAUCUUUGGUGGAAACGAUACCUGACCAUGUUGCAGCUGGUUCAGUUCCAUGUGACCAUUGGACACACAGCACUGUCUCUUUACACCGACUGCCCCUUCCCCAAAUGGAUGCACUGGGCUCUAAUCGUCUAUGCAAUCAGCUUCAUAUUUCUCUUUCUCAACUUCUACAUUCGGACAUACAAUGAGCCUAAGAAAGCAAAAACUGGAAAAGUAGCCAUGAAUGGUAUUUCAGCAAAUGGUGUGAACAAAUCAGAAAAACAGCUAGUGUUAGAAAAUGGAAAAAACCAGAAAAAUGGAAAAGCAAAAGGAGAGUAAAUUGAACUGGGCCUUAACUGUGGCUGACAGUGAGGAAAUUCCUAUGUCAUAUAAAAUUUCAGGGCAACAGAAGCAAAGGAGGGUUUGGGGUGGGGAGAAAAGGCAUAUGUGCUCUGUGUACUGGUGACCUUUAGACUGACUAAAGUGUUCAAUACAAUACCCAGAUGUUUUAUUUAUAAAGUUUUUAUUUUAAACCUUUUUUUUUUUUAUUAGCCUUGAUAUUGUCCAGACCAAAGCAGUCACAAUGUGACUUUGGAGACUCUCUUUCUAUUCAUUGUCCAUUUGUCCAAUGGGUGAAAUUUUCUCAUGAAUCUAAUAUUCACUGAUUGUUCAAUCUGGAUUUUAGAUGAUCACAGAAACACAGUCUUUAUGAGUUCACUUUUUGGCUAAAUGACCAUUACCUACUGAUUAAAAUCAGUAACCUCACAUUUUCUUGUCCAAAGACAGAAAUGUGGAUGGGGACAUUUGAAUUUGUGCUUUUGAAUUCAUUUAUUGACCAUUGUGGUUGAAUCUCUCCACCUCAGAAUAUACCCUUUUGGUUGUAAUUAAAUUUAAAAAAUCUGCUGAUCUCUGUAGACUCUUAGAGGCUUGAUGAUGAUGGUGUUGGUGAAAAUAAGAAAGAAUAAAAUACUGUUUAGUAAAAUCCUGUCUAGUGACCCAAAGGUCACCAUGACUUGCAGCACAAAUCACUGUGGGAAACGAUUUUUGUGAUGAAAAGGCAGCCUUUGAAUACUCCAAUACAUUAUGAAAAUUAAGAUUAUUGUCUGAUUAAAACAUGAAGCAACUCAUGUCUUUAUUAAUAACAUCAUAAGAUAGUUACAUUUAUUUGCAGUUAGAAUUCCCAGAGUAUGUUGAUUUUUAUCAGGCUUUCCUUGUUUUGAUUUGUGGCUGUUACUGAUUUUUCAUAUAUAGAAAUAUACCUACCUCUUCUGUUGGAAAGAACAUUUAAAAUUAAAUAAAUUUUAAUUUAAAAAAUCAAGGAGUCCUCUAAUGUAAAUUCUAACUUUUGAACUUUCAAAUCCACAAGUAUUUUUUUUUGACUUUUUUACAAAUAGCAUACACCAAACAUUUUUGUGAAAUUGUCCUUCUCUUUCAGUGUUUUAAUUUUGGAAUAAUAUUUCCCAUGUGUCUGAGUUUUGCAAAAUCUUAUUUAUUUACUAGACAUGAAGCAUAGAACUAUUUGGGUGCAAUAUUCUUGACUCCUUGGUGCUAAAGAUAGUUAAAUUCAGUGCUGAUGUUACAAGGUGUUAAUUGUUAAAACAGUGAGAGUAGACAGAACUAAGUUAAAUUUGCUAUUUGCAAAUGAAAUAUUUCAUGUAGUAGAAAUGAGCAGCUGGAAAUAAAGUGAAAAACAGAAUUUGUACCAUGUUUUAUUACAUAGAUUAAUUUGUUAGGGGAUGCCACAGAGGGAUCACUAUAGAAAGAGAAAAUGUGACAAAAUAGCAUGAAUAUUUGUAAGUAUCUCAACAUGUCAAAGACUGCAUGUGUAGGAUGUAUGCUGUUUGUAAAACUAUUUCAGAAUAUUUUGUAAACUAUAAAAUAUUUAUUGUGCAUUAAAAUUAUAUACUUUUCCCCCAAGGCAUGCAGUCAUGAGAAUUACAAAAAAUUCGUGACACAUAUACAGUAGUUUGGCCUAAGAAGAUUCAGCACUGUUGUCUUUGUUCCUCAGUGUGUGAUGACUAGAGAUUUUUAAUCUUUGUGAACAUUCUGUACUGAUUUUGCAGAGCUAUUCAUUCCAGGCUACCUGAUUUCAGCACAAUAAAUAUAUACUGCUGUAGGAAAAAU